CGACGACUGCGUCUAUGCCAUGUACAGGCCGUUUCUGCUGCCGGCUGGCCUCCUUGCUCUUCUGUCGACUCUAGCUCAAGCCGCCGAGCCAACUACUCCUCUGGAUCCGUUCUAUAACAUAGAGAAGCUCGCACAGCGUCCUCCAGAACCUCCCGUAUGCUGCCUGAGGCCUUUGCCGUCAAGCGAACCUGCGGAGGAGAUCCUUUCGUUUGAGGAGUGGAAAGCGAAGCAGGAGCAAGCUUUGCAACAGCAGCGACGAGAAGAAGCCGAUGGCAAGAAGCCUAGAGACGCGUCCUCAGAGCCAAAUGCGCGUACCGACGCUUCCAGCCCUCGACAACAAGUUCAAGAUUUAUCACAUAGCGUGGAUGAUCCUUCCUCACUCGAAGCUCCUGCACCUCCACCAGCGCACUUCCGUGUCCCUUUAACUGAUCGGUUCAAUUACGCUAGUCUUGACUGCUCCGCACGCGUACACUAUUCACAUCGUUCUGCACGGUCUUCCUCCUCCCUCCUCUCAUCCAAAAAGGACAAAUACAUGUUGAGUCCAUGUGACACUCCGGGCGAAGACAAGUUUGUCGUAAUCGAACUCUGUGAAGAUAUUCGAAUUGAUACCGUCCAGCUUGCGAAUUUCGAGUUCUUUAGUGGAGUGUUCAAGGAUUUCAGCGUCAGCGUUGCUCGAACAAACCCAGCUGAUCCUGAAGCAUGGACACCUGCUGGGACAUACCGCGCCAAGAACAUUCGUGGUAUCCAGUCUUUUCAUCCUCCGAAGACCCUUCGUGACUUUUAUCGCUUUAUCCGGAUUGACUUCCACUCACAUUAUGGGAACGAGUAUUACUGUCCAAUAUCCCUUUUACGCGUUUACGGUCUAACGCACCUCGAACAAUGGAAAUGGGAAAUAUGGGAAUCGGAAUACCAGGAGAAACUUGCCAAUGCCGCUACUGUUCCCUCGAUAGAUGCGACAGCUCAGGUUGAAGCAGAAGAUGCUGUGACCAUUGUAAAGGAAAGGCCGGACGGCUCCGAGUCGCCUGAAGUUUCCGUGGAAUCACCUUCGCGGCCGAGCAGAUCAUUCUCAAGAAGCGAUACCGUAGAUACUACUCUAUCACCAACCAAGCCGAAGGAGUCGCUAUCAUCUGAAGCAACUCUUACAAGCUCGUUGUCUGAGAUCAUUACUUCGGAAUCUCCCGUCGUCACUAAUGUGCCGAAGUCCACUGGUGAACCAUCUUUUUCUGUCGACUCUCAGAGCACUGUCUCCUCGGAGUCUUUAACAGAGUCGUCUAGUGAUACAUCUCCCCACUCAUCUCUUCCUUCCAGCGGCGAGUCACUCACGUCAAGCCAACCUUCUUCCGAACUUGCCGGCUCGGAUACCGUCGCGUCAAGUAGCUCUUCCCCCAGCUCCCAGAGUUCUGACCCAUCUUCAUCUGACUCAAUUCGAAACCCUGACUCAAUUCGAAACCCGGACUCAACAUCCUCCAUUACUGGGUCUUCGCCUCAGGUAACUACUGUUGUCCCCCAAGAAACGCGGCCCGCCUCAGCAGCGUCUGCUUCUGGAGAAUCCAUUUAUCGGACAAUUAUGACGCGACUUAGCGCCCUUGAACAGAAUUCUACACUGUACUUGCGAUACGUUGAGGAACAGACCCGAAGCCUACGGGAUGCUUUGACGAGAUUAGAAGAGGAUGUGGGUCGUCUGGAAGGAUUGAGUAAAGCCACCACACAAUCGUUCCAGAAGAUUAUCAACGAAAUGGACAGACAACGCCGACGUCUUGAGCGCGAGCAUGGCGAACUCCAAACACGUGUCGAUUUUCUUACGGACGAAGUGAUAUUAGAGAAGCGACUAGGAAUUGCGCAACUAUGUCUCCUGCUUACCGUUCUUGUCUUUAUGGCACUUACACGAGGAUCGCGUGGCGAACCAUUUAUCGCUCCAGCGUCACUUGAACGGAGAGGCUCAUUUAGAGAAUGGGGCCGUCGGCAUCUAAGUAGCUUAAGUAGUGGUGAAUGGGCGUCCAAACUUCGAGCCGGGAGUCCCACCCCAAUUCCAGGAGAUUUCGUGAAGAGUUCUAUUCCUGACAAGAAAAGUGAUAAAGUCAGGUUCCCGACCCGACGAAAACCUGACGAUGGUGAUGAGACGCCUCAGCGUUCUUCAACAACUCUAGCAGCACCCAUGCCUACGAGAGGACGUUCAAUUGCAGAGAUUCGGACUCCCCAUUCUCGGCACGUGGUCACUCAUAGACCGCGGACACCUACGUCCGCCAACUUCACCGUCUAUGCUGGACAACGGUUAGGUCACAGUGGAUCAAAUUCGGCAACAAUCAGUCAGGUAGUCACCCGUCCACGUAUACGGCGUGCAAGCUCGCAUACUGCACCUGCACCUGUGGUGCAUUCGCUGUCCAUGCGAGAAGGUAUCAUAGCCGCACCACUUUCUGCGAAGAAGUGGGCUAAGAGUGCGCAUCUGCAUGAGAUCCGAAAGGCGAACCCAAAGACUAGACAUGAUGGAGCGAGUGAGAAUGCUGUUGCAACUUCGGAUAUUCGAUUCGGACAAGAGAACGUACACUCUCGGGAAGCAGAUGUAGCAAAAUCAACGGUAUCAAGCCCACCAACAGAUUCUGCUACCCAGAAUCUUGAACAGAAACACGAUAAUCUUGAUGAAAGACUGGUAAUGUAUUCGCGAGAGCCUCUUUCCGCUUCUCAUUUGCAGAACCUCGCGCGAAUGCAAGACGGGACGGGAAUCGAUAGAUUGCGCCUCGGCUUGUCGAAUGGAGUUCCUAAAAUAAUCGAUUUAGAUACAGAGUCAGAGAGCUGGGUGGAUACGGACAUCGAGGGCUCCGAGUCUGGUGAUAGGAGUCCAUAG